AUGAUCAAGAUACUACUAACAAUUCUGAUUUCAUUCGCUUGCUUGACUUUCGCCUCUGUCCCGGUUUACACAUUUGAAACAGGAGCAGAUGCAAAGCUUGCGAUUGGAGGUUCGAAUGAACUCAAGAGAACUCUCGAAGCUCACCAACCUAUUCAAGUUUAUCGAAUUUGUGUUGGGAAAAAGAAGACAAAUUGUGGCUAUUGGGAGAAUACAGAGGUUAGUUAGUCUAACUAAUUAGCCUAACAUUUUUGGAUGCUUUUUAGACCAAGAAAAAAGUCGCAAACGCUCCAGUCACAGUAAACAAGGGCGACGGAAAUCUGAUUCUUAAAAAUGUCACAGAAGCUGAUAGUGGAAGUUACUACAAUGGCGAAGUCUAUUUAUCAGUUCAAGUUUUUCCACCAAUUACUGAUUGA